AUGAAAAAACAAUUCGACCGGAAUGUCAGAUCAACUCCAGAGUGGAAUGUGGGCGACUACGUGUGGCUCAAUAGCAAAAAUAUCUCGACUACAAGGCCAAGUCCCAAACUAGGGCACCGGUGGCUAGGCCCAUUCCCUAUUUGCGCUAAAAUCUCGCAGGAGGAGCCGGAACCGGUAGUGAUCAAGGGCGAAGAGGAGUGGGAGGUGGUGGAAAUUUUGGAUUGCCGGAGAAAGAGAGGGAAACAGGAAUAUCUGAUUGCGUGGAAAGGAUAUGGGCCGCAGGACAACUCAUGGGAACCAGCAGUCAACCUCACUCACUGUCAACAGCUACUCAAGGAUUUCGACAUCAAAUUCCCAGAGGCGGAGAAGAGGCACACCAGGUCAAGGAGAUUCAGAUGA